AUGAGCGAACAGCCACGCGCCGAAUCUCCUCGACAACGCUGGAGACGCCCGCCGCGAGGCGCAAAGACCAAAAACGAACGUGCAAACUUCGACAUCAUCCUUUGCCGGACCAUGGGUUCUCGGAAUGCUUUUGCGAAUGGCGACAGCGAUCAGCUGCAUCCAAUGGAAAGACACCCAGAAGCACAGCCUGCUAAAAGGGCACGCUUGGCCGAAGACGCAGUUGCAUCCAUCUAUAGCCAGGUCUCAAACACCGACACAUCCUUGGAAGUCGAUCACAUGAUACUGGACUAUGUUGCAUACCAGACCAUUCAAGCAUGCCUCGCAAGUAGAGACCCUACACGCCAGAGUGGCUCAUCGCAAGCCCUGGCAAGCAACCUAGCCAUGGCGGACUCUUUCAUGUCCAUCUUCAGGACUCGUCAUCCAACGUACAAGCCCGACGCGGAGCUGCGGCUACGGUCGAUGCUGCUCAAGUUCAUUACACUUUUCACGCAACGAUUGACACGCAACCCAACAACGCCGCCAAGGGAAGACCUGCGAGCCUUGAGAACUUCGAACCAACAGCGCGCCAGAGAAUGGAUUGGAAGUGCUGAUCGAAUGCCGUCUGCGAUUCUCUCAAGUGACGCUUUCGACAAGGACCUUCCCAUCGCAGAGCAGAGCCUUGAGCGCAACCGAGCACAUGUGCUUUCCAAACUUGACAUCCCCCCCGAAGACGAUCACUACGAGGACGCAUUCUAUGGCACAUCAGACUGCGUUUCGCUGAUAGAUCUGUGCCCGUUAUUCAUGCGACUGUCAGCCGCCCGGAACGCGAUGAACGGAAGCAACCUCACCGAGCUCUGGAUGGAGCUCGCUUGCGAAUUGAUGCUGCAAGCUUGUCUCGAGCAUUACUUGGUCUUCGGUGCGCAUGGAACCGAUGCGAUCGACGAGGCUUUCGCUUGGGGAUACAAGACCGCGGAAGAUGACUCUCAGACUUCUGCUAAUAAUGUAGAUGCUUCCAGUGUCAACCAUGAUGAGGUCAAUGCCAUGUUUGAGGACGACGAGUUCGAGAUGGAGGCUGAAGGCUGGGCGGAAAUCAAGAUGUCCUAUCUGAGGAGGCUUCAACCUGACCGUGCCGUGCCCGAGAAGGAUACUGCCGCUCUGCUCGGAAUGGUCGCUACGCAGCACCCCGUUGAGGCUUUCGAGAAGCGUUUGCUGACCUACCUGUCCGCGCUGUCUGAAAGCAUGGUCAAGCCGGUCCUGGUGCAAUUGGAAAACGGGCAGUUGGACGGCAUGACCCAGCAGGAGACGAAGGACUUCCUUGCGACAUGCAACAUUGGUGAUCUUCAAUCAUUCACGCUGAGCAAUGGUCGCUAA